UUGGGACAAGGUUUUCUUAGAGUAGAGAUAGUUUGUGAAAGGUGAUAGUUUGUGAAAAGUGAUAGUUUGCGAAAAGUGACAGUUUCUAAAAGUGAUAGUCUUUGAAAGGUGAUUGUUUGUGAAAAGUGAUAUAUUCUAUGUAGUGGUAAUUACAAUACAUUAAAGAGUGACAAUAUAUUUAGUCUGGGCAAACAUGUCUAGACUUGGUGCAGUUGUGUUUGUCCUUGCCGUGAGUGUGCAGGCAGGUCUGGCUGAGUUGGUCCUGGACAAGUUUCCUGCGUCUUUUGUGUUCGGUGUCAGCUCUUCAGCUUUUCCUACGGAGGGGGCAUCACGUGAUGAAGGGAAAGGCCCAAGUAUUUGGGACGAGUUUGCUAAAAAUAACCCAAGUCUCGGAGAUAGCAGUGUAGCCUCUGAUGGCUACCACAAGACAAGGGAGGAUGUCCAGCGUAUCAAAGAUCUCGGUGUGUCCCACUACAAGUUCUCCCUCUCCUGGCCCCGUCUCCUGCCUAACGGCACCUUGGACCACAUCAACGAGGCCGGCUUCACCCACUACAACCAGCUGAUUGACCUGCUGCUGGCGGCCAAUGUCCAGCCCUUCGUGACCCUACACCACUGGGACCUGCCGCAGGCCCUGCAGGAGAGAGGGGGGUGGGCUGUGGACGACUCGGUCGGCUGGUUCAAGGACUACGCUGAGCUCUGUUUUACAAGGUUCGGGAGCAAGGUCAAGCUGUGGACGACCAUAGACGACCCGGUGACCUUGGCCUACAAAGGUUACGAGACCGGCGCCCACGCCCCAGGCAUCAAACAGCCCGGGUUGCUGUACAAGGUUGGCCACAACCUGCUGCUGGCACACGCGGCCGCCUACACGCUCUACAAGACAACCUUCAAGGCCACGCAGAACGGUCAGGUGGGCAUCGCGCUCCAUUCUGAUUGGUUCGUUCAAAACUCGACCAGCGUCGCAGAUGUGACCGCGGCACAAAGAGCCUUGACCUUUCAGCUGGGAUGGUUUUUGGAGCCUCUGACCAAGGGCGACUACCCGACCUUGAUGAAAGAGAGGGUGGCCCUCAAGAGGUCAGCACAAGGGUUCCCUGACCACAAGAUGCAGGAGUUCACACUGGAUGAGAGGAUAAAGAUUCAGGGUGCCAUGGACUUUGUCGGCAUCAGUUACUCAAGCGUGUACCUGGUCUCAGAGAGUCUCAGCACUUCCACAGUACCUGGCUUCUAUCAGGAUCAGGAGCUAGUACUUCAGGUGGAUACUUCAUAUCCUAGCCUGGAGUACCGUCCAGAGACCAAUCCUGCAAGUGAGCGCCGCCUAAUGGGGUCACACCUCAAGGACCUACUCACCACACUGACCAGCAGCUACAACAACCCGCCCAUCUACGUCACACACAGUGGGCUGGGGUCCUGCGGGACAUUGAAGGACCAACACAGGAUCGAGUACAUCCGGGAGUACAGUAACUAUGUCCUACAGGCCAUCCAGGCCGGAAGUGACGUCCGCGGCUACUUCGUGUGGUCACUGGUGGACGGCUGGGACUGGGAGCGAGGCACCAGCAGCAAGACGGGGCUGUACUACGUGGACAUGGGACAGGCGGACAGGCCGAGGUUUCCCCGGUCGUCCGCGGCUUUCUACAGGGCUCUGGUCAAGGCCAGGGGGUUGGAUCAGGAGCUCAGGAGUUACCGCGCUUACCCCGCUGACCGAGAUGAAUUCUACUACGGCACGUUUCCUGACAAUUUUCAGUGGGGCGUGGCUACGUCUGCCUAUCAAGUGGAGGGGGCGUGGAAUCUAGACGGCAAAGGUCCCAGUAUCUGGGACACGUUCGCCCAUAACAACAAGCUGGCCAGUGGUCAGACAGGCGACGUGGCCUGUGACAGCUACCAUCUGUAUCAGGAGGACGUCGCCAUGUUGAAAACCUUAGGGGUGGAUUUCUACCGGUUCUCUAUCGCCUGGAGCCGUGUUUUGCCGGACGGAAGAGCCGGCAGUCUCAACCAGAAUGGCGUGGACUAUUACAACCGUUUGAUCGACGCUCUCCUGGCUAAUAACAUCAAGCCCAUGGUGACACUGUAUCACUGGGACCUGCCCCAGGCCCUCCAGGACCAGGGUGGGUUCAUGAACGAUUCCAUCGUCUCUCUGUUUGAGGACUACGCCAGGGUGUGUUUUGAGCAGUUCGGAGACAGGGUCAGCCACUGGAUCACCUUCAACGAGGCUUACGUCAUCAGCUGGCUGGGGUACGGUGUAGCCGUCUUCGCGCCCGGGGUGUACGACCCUGGGUUCGGCACCUACCGGGUGGCCCACAACAUCAUCCGCUCGCACAGCCGCGCCUACCACCUGUACAAAGACCAUUUUAAGGCCAAAUAUGGAGGCAGUGUCGGCAUCACACUUGACAUUGAGUGGAAGGAACCACUGACUGACUCACUAGAUGACGUGUUGGCUGCUGACCGUGCCAUAGAGUUUAAGCUUGGCUGGUUCGGUAACGCCAUCUACGGGGGGUCGGGCGACUACCCAGCGGUGAUGAAGCAGUACAUCGCAGAGAAAAGCUCUCGCCAAGGGCUCAACACCAGCCGCCUGCCCGAGUUCACGGCAGCUGAGAGGUCUCUAAACAAAGGUGCCUACGACUUUCUGGGCAUGAACCACUACACGAGUAACCUGGUCUCAGACAGGACCAGGGCCAACUCUGAGCCCAACUAUGAACAGGACCAGGACAUUGAAACUAGGGCAGACCCGUGCUGGCCAGGCACUGAAGCAGAUUGGCUGAAAGUGAAUCCGUGGGGGGUCCGCAAUAUUCUACGGUGGGCCAAGGAACACUUCAACAACCCCCCAAUCUACAUCACAGAGAGCGGUCGGCCGAGUCAGGACGUUUUGGGAGACACAGACAGAAUUUACUACUACAAGUACUACAUUAAUGAGCUGCUCAAAGCCAUACGCCUGGAUAAUGUGGAUCUCCGUGGAUACACAGCCUGGUCCCUGAUGGAUAACCUGGAGUGGACCAGUGGAUACUACUCUAAGUUUGGUCUCUACAGUGUCGACUUCGACAGCGUCAACCGGACUCGAACCCCGAGAGAUUCCGCCAAGUUUUACUCACAGCUCAUACAAGACAACGGUUUCCCUCGACCAUAGGGCGCACCCUGUCGUGUUGGACGUGGCUGGGUAGUUACAUGGAGAGUUGUGGCUCUAUCACAUUGUUCGUGUACAUUAUAGAAGAGUUACAUUGAGAGUUGUGGCUGUAUCACAUUGUUCGUGCACAUUAUAGAAGAGUUACAUGGAGAGUUGUGGAGGUAUCACAUUGUUCGUGUUCAUUAUAGAAGAGUUACAUGGAGAGUUGGGGCUGUGUCACAUUGUUCGUGUACAUUAUCGAAGUUACAUUG